AUGGCGAUUGACGGGAGUUUUAGCCUUCAUUCUUCUCUUCGGAGAUUUCUUGAUCGUUGCCCAAAGCUUCAAUGUUUUCCUCAGUUUGAUUCGCUGGCACAGAAGGGGCACAUGGUUACAGAAGAGGAAGUAGUUAAUACUUUAGUGGGGGUGUUUUUGCACCCUUGUUAUACAAUUCCAUUGAUGGGAUGUUUCCGCCCAAUUGCUCGAAAUAUAGUAGAUAAAGCUGUUGCUUUGCUCUGUAUUGUACCGAGUCUGAGGUCUAAUAUUAAGGAUACUGCAAAGGAAGAUGAUUGCCUCACAGUUUCUGAUGAAGUUGCGAAUGUCGUAGAGUUUUAUGGUCAAAGGGGAAUGGGUCUAGUUCUUCAUGAGCUGGCUUGUCUUGCCUUCUGUCGGGCUCUUGACAUGGGUCCUUUUCUGCUGAGUUCGGUAUUAAGCUAUUUCAAUUUUGCUCCUGCUCCCUUUGAAAGAUAUUCAGUGAAACAAGUUAUGACCCAUGCACUGCAUGUUGCCCAAAUAUCAUACCGCCUCCUUCUAGUGGAACCUGAAAUUUUCUCAAAGCUUUGGGACUGGUCUUGUUUUCUGGACCUCGUAAAAGAGCCACGCAAACCAGACCUGAUAUGGUGUAGGGUGCAGAUAUUAAGAGUUGUGCUCAAAUUAAGUUAUAGAGCCACUGAAAGCUUGAAUAUUAGAGAUGAGGAAGCAUUUGCGUGUCUAUUGCAUUGGGAAGAGUUCUGUCAGGACACAUCACUAGAGAAAGCUGGUUGGUAUGUUGAGCCAAUAGGAGACUAUGUGUCUGGUUCUCCAGAUAGAAGCAUGGAUUUCAGUCAAGAGAACUGUUUAAAAUCCUUUGCCUCUGAUUCUCAGCCUGUUAGCUCACCAAAGCUUUUUGAGUUGCAGCCACUUCUCAAGAGUCGGCGGCUUGCCGCAAGGGAUGAUAUAUCUGUAAGUAAUACAUUCAUAUUGACCUCAGCAGUAAAGAAAAGUUAUGAGAGAGUUCUAUUGGCAGUGAGCCAGAAGUGGCCUGUUCUUUUAUAUGGUGCCUCUGGUUCUGGAAAAUCUGCUCUCAUAGCUAAGCUGGCUCAGGAUAGUGGAAAACGAGUUCUAUCCAUCCAGAUGGAUGAUCAAAUUGAUGGCAGAACUUUAGUUGGAGGUUAUGUCUGUACAAAUGGGCCUGGGGAGUUUAGAUGGCAGCCUGGGUCACUUACCCAGGCUGUGCAGAAUGGUUAUUGGAUUGUUUUUGAGGAUAUCAACAAAGCACCGUCUGAUGUACACUCCAUUUUAAUGCCUUUAUUGGAAGGGGCUGGUUCAUUUGUGACAGGACAUGGGGAGGUAAUAAGGGUUGCAGAAAGUUUUAGAGUAUUUUCAACUAUUUCCCUUUCUAAGUUUGACACAUUUGAGAGUGCAGGUCAAGAUUCACUUAGCGCCCUUUGGAGAAGAGUGAUGAUUAGGCCGCCAGAUACUAAAGACUUGCAAGAGAUACUCAAAGUGAGGCAUCCCGAUUUGGAGCUUCAUGUUGACAAACUCAUAGAAACCUUUGAAAGGGCUAAUGUUUUUUCCAUGCAUCAAAUUGCGGGUUUUCACCCCGGAAGUUCUGCUUCUGUUUCUUGUCUCAGCAGAUUUUCGUUAAGGGAUCUCCUUAAAUGGUGCAAUAGGAUUGCUGGUUUAGGUUUUUGCUUUGAUGGUAGCUUAUCAGAUUACCAAUGUCGUAGAGUGUUUAAAGAGGCUGUUGAUGUAUUUGCGGCCUUUUCAACUUCAUAUGAAAACCGGUUGUCAAUAAUGAAAGAGUUAGCAAAGUUGUGGAAAGUACCAGAUUCUGAUGCUGAGUCCUUGUAUCCCCGUGACAAACCUAUAAUUCAGGAUUCUGUCACACAUUUAACAAUAGGCCGGGCUUCCCUCCCUAAAAAAUCUGUCAGUAUCGAACAUGAACGUACAACACCUUUUGUAGAAAUCCGUAGUUUUAUGCACGUGCUAGAGCGCGUAGCGCUUUCAGUCAUGUAUAAUGAGCCUGUACUCUUGGUGGGAGAAACUGGUACUGGGAAGACUACACUUGUUCAAAAUUUGGCUUCAAGGCUUGAUCAGAAGCUUACCGUUUUGAACUUGAGUCAGCAAAGUGACGUUGCUGACUUACUUGGGGGUUUUAAGCCUAUGGAUGCACGGUUCGUGACUUCUGCUCUUUAUAAGGAGUUUUUGGAACUUUUUUCCAGAAGUAAAUUAAAGAAGGAUAAGAGAAAUGCAAACGCUCUUGCAAAGCUACAAAUGCUUUCAGACGAGAAGAAUUGGAAAAGGCUACUUCUAGGAAUUCAAACAUAUGUUGAGAGGUCAAUUGAGUUUAUAAAAAAACGAAUUUCCAAAACGGGACCUUCCAAAAAGCGUAAAAGGGAAAUUAAAGAUUGGGAGAUAUUACUAAAAGAUUGGGAGUUGUUACUGGAUCGUGUCUGUCAAAGUAAUCAAUCUUUGGGAAUGAUGUUUUCCUUUGUAGAAGGAAGUUUUGUAACUGCUCUUAGAAAUGGUGAGUGGAUUUUACUUGAUGAGGUGAAUUUGGCUCCUCCAGAAAUCUUGCAGAGAAUUAUCGGUGUUCUAGAAGGGGAAAAUGGAACGCUUUGUUUAGCUGAAAGAGGCGAUAUUGAUUAUAUAUGCCCUCAUCCAAACUUCCGUAUAUUUGCUUGCAUGAAUCCAGCAACAGAUGCCGGGAAGCGAGAUUUGCCAUUUUCUUUGAGGAGUAGAUUUACUGAGUAUUUUGUUGAUGAUGUUUUGGAUGAUGAUGAUUUAAGUCUGUUUAUUAGUCAGUUCGUAAAUAGUGGCCAUAUGGAUCAACAGCUGGUGAAUAAAAUUGUGUGUUUCUAUAAAGAAUCAAAAAAGGAAUCUGAAGAGAGGUUGCAGGAUGGUGCUAAUCAGAAACCUCAGUACAGUUUAAGGUCUCUAUAUCGUGCUCUAGACUAUAUAAGGAAAGCAGAGAGAAAAUUUGGAUUUCAAAAGGCAUUAUAUGAUGGCUUUAGUAUGUUUUUCCUCAGUAUGUUGGAUGGACCCAGUGCCAAAAUAAUGAGGCAAAAGAUAUUGUCUCUUUUAUUAGGAGGGAGUAUUCCUCCGCAGGUACAUUUUGAUAGGUAUUUAAGUACCUUCAAAUCCGAUGGAUAUUCAGGGAGCUAUGUCAAAACUAAAAGUGUCCUGGAGCAUCUUGGGAAUUUGGCUCGUGCUGUUCUAAUACACAGAUAUCCUGUCCUCUUGCAGGGUCCCACAUCUAGUGGGAAAACUAGCCUUGUUAAGUAUCUUGCUGCAAUAACUGGUCAUGAAUUCGUAAGAAUCAACAAUCAUGAACACACUGAUUUGCAGGACUAUGUAGGUUCUUAUAUACUUGAUGCUAGUGGAAAGCUUGUUUUUAAAGAAGGUGCUUUGGUUAAAGCUGUAAGAAAUGGUUACUGGAUUGUACUGGAUGAGCUGAACUUGGCUCCAUCUGAUGUAUUGGAGGCAUUGAACCGAUUACUUGAUGAUAACAGAGAGCUUUUUAUUCCUGAACUGCAAGAAACAAUUCUAGCACAUAAAGAUUUCAUGCUUUUUGCAACUCAAAAUCCACCUACACUCUAUGGUGGGCGCAAGAUGUUGUCUCGGGCAUUUCGCAAUCGUUUUGUAGAGAUUCAUGUUGGUGAAAUUCCAGAUGAUGAGCUGAGCAUAAUAUUGGGUGAGAGAUGUGAAAUUCCAUUGAGUUACGCGCAAAAUAUGGUUGAAGUCAUGAAGAAGCUUCGGAUGCUCAGACAGAGUAGCAAUGUUUUUGCUGGUAAACAUGGAUUUAUAACUCCUCGAGACUUGUUUCGUUGGGCUGACCGUUUCAAGAGAUUUGGCAAGAGUCGUGAAGAUUUGGCCAAAGAUGGCUAUUAUCUUUUGGCAGAAAGGCUGCGAGAUGAGAAUGAGAAGUCUGUUGUUCAAGAAGUUCUGGAAAAACAUCUUAAGGUUAAACUAAACAUAAAAAAUUUAUAUGACCCGAUUUUAUUUGGAGUGAACGCUUCUUCCAAUUUGAUUGUUGGGUUAGGAGGUUCAGAGAGUCUUGAGAGUGUAUUCUUGACCAAGAGUAUGCAGAGGUUAUACUUCCUUGUGGAGCGGUGCUUUAAAUUACGCGAGCCUGUACUGCUUGUUGGGGAAACAGGUGGAGGGAAGACUACUGUCUGUCAGUUACUAAGUGCUUGUUUGCAGUUGAAGUUACAUAUCUUGAAUUGUCAUCAGUAUACAGAAACGUCUGAUUUUAUUGGGGGGUUCCGACCUAGACGAGAGAGGUCUAAACUGAUUUCUAACUAUAAAGAGAUCAUUGAACAGUUGAAGAAACUAAAGGCUUUUGCAUACUUUCCUGAAUCCCCUUUUGUUUCGUCUGACAUAGAUCAAGCUUCUUCAACUCUUGAUCUGCUGAGUGGUAUGAUAAAGAAAUACAAAGGAGAUCAAGUUUGCAGUCCUGGUGUCAGCAGAGAAGAUCUUUAUGCUUUGGAGCAAUUAAAGUUGGACAUUGAUGUCUUGCAUCGGGAUUGGCAGAAUAUGUUUCCGUGGCAGGAUGGUCCCCUUGUGAAAGCAAUGAGAGAUGGCGAUCUCUUUCUUGUGGAUGAGAUAUCCUUGGCUGAUGAUAGUGUCCUUGAGAGAUUGAACAGUGUGUUGGAGCCAGAAAGGAUGCUAACUUUGGCUGAGAAAGGAGGCUCUGAUCCGGAGAGAGUUACUGCGCAUUCAAAUUUCUUUGUUCUUGCAACAAUGAAUCCUGGUGGUGAUUAUGGUAAGAAGGAGCUAUCUCCAGCACUACGCAAUCGCUUCACCGAGAUAUGGGUUCCCCCCGUUAAUGAUCCAGAUGAGCUUCAAGCUGUUGCCUUGAAAAGAAUUUCCAAGUUUAAAGUUGCAGGCAACUUAGGUCCAACUUUUCAAGAAAGACUCUCAGUUAUUGUUCGUGCUAUGAUAAGUUUUUUGGAGUGGUUCAACAAAUUACAUCCAGAGAGAAUGCUUACCAUGAGGGAUCUCAUUUCUUGGGUUUCUUUUUUUGGUGUGACGGAAGAAAGCUUAGGACCUGAAUAUGCCCUUCUUCAUGGAGUAUUUCUUGUUUUACUUGAUGGGUUAAGUCUAGGGACCGGGAUUACAGAAAGGGAUGCUGGAGAGCUGAGAGAGAGAUGUUUAUCCUUUCUGCUACAGAAGUUGAGGGUUGAUGAAAGUAAUUUGUUAUAUUCAAAGCUUUCAAGAAUGAGAAACUACGGUUGGGGUGAAUAUGGCACAACUGUGGAUGUGUCACUUACUGAUGAUAUGCAGUGCGAUGAUUUAUUUGGCAUUGAUCCAUUCUAUAUCAAGAAAGGUUUUGGCAGUUGUGAUGAUGGGGGGUUUGAAUUCAAGGCGCCCACUACCCGCAGAAAUGCCAUGAGAGUUUUGCGGGCUUUGCAGCUUUCAAAGCCUGUUUUACUGGAAGGUAGUCCAGGUGUUGGGAAAACAAGUCUAAUCAUUGCAUUGGGAAAAUGUUCUGGGCACAGAGUUGUACGGAUAAACUUAUCUGAGCAGACUGAUAUGAUGGAUCUGUUGGGAUCUGAUUUACCAGUGGAAAGUGAUGAUGGGGUGAUGUUUUCUUGGUCUGAUGGGAUCCUGUUGCAGGCCCUGAAGGAAGGCUGUUGGGUUUUGCUGGACGAGCUUAAUCUUGCUCCACAAUCUGUUCUAGAGGGUUUAAAUGCUAUUCUGGACCACCGAGCUGAGGUGUUUAUACCAGAGCUGGGUAAUACCUUUAAAUGUCCACCAUCAUUUCGAGUUUUUGCUUGUCAGAAUCCAUCACAUCAAGGUGGUGGCCGGAAAGGCCUUCCAAGAUCUUUCCUAAAUCGAUUUACCAAGGUAUAUUUAUCAACUGUGGUUUUUGGUUGUUGACUGCAGGUAUAUGUGGAUGAGUUAGUUGUGGAAGACUAUCUUUCCAUUUGUGAAUCAAAAUUUUCUACUAUCUCUAGGCCUUUACUCUCGAAGUUAAUCUUAUUCAAUAAAAGGAUGCAUGAAGACAUUAUCUUGAAUCAAAAGUUUGCCAAGGAUGGCUUUCCAUGGGAGUUCAAUCUUCGUGAUGUAUUUCGAUCUUGUGAGAUAAUUGAAGGUGCACCCAAGCACUUGGGAGCGUAUUCCUUCUUGAACAUUGUCUACAUUCAAAGAAUGCGUACAGAAGCUGAUCGCAAGGAAGUCUUACGUGUCUUCAUUGAGGUAUUUGAGGUGAAACCAUUUAUAAACCCAUAUCCUCGAGUUAGCCUCAAUGCACAUCACUUAGUUGUGGGGAAUGUUACUAUUAAAAGGAAUCCUGUCCAAUUAUCAUCGGCCACAAGCAGUCAGCUCUAUAUACUGCCUGAAAUUUGUCAAAGUUUGGAAGCUGCUGCUCAGUGUGUUGAGCGUCAAUGGUUAUGUAUCUUGACUGGCCCAUCAUGCUCUGGAAAAACUUCAUUGAUAAGAUUACUUGCCAACCUAACAGGCAAUGUACUAAAUGAAAUAAAUCUUUCAUCUGCAACUGAUACAUCUGAAUUACUUGGAUCUUUUGAACAAUAUGAUGCCUUGCGUAAUUUUCGCUCGGUUGUUGCUCAAGUUGAGCGCUAUGUUAACGAGUACUGCAGUUUGCAACUGGAGGCUUCAAAGGAAGCAAUAUUUAAGGAAACUGAUUUAUACAACAGAUGGAUUGGUUUCCUGUCUGCUGUUAAUUUUGACAGUUUGGCAGCUUCUGAUUCAAAUCAUUUUGAGUAUAGGAAGAAAAUUGAUUGUUCUCUUAGUUUGUUACCUGAGAUCAUUGAACAUCUAAAGUUGAAUAUUGAAAAGAAUUCAGUUCCCACAUCUUAUUCAAUCCAACAACUUGAUUUGUCCAUGAAGACAGUUUCGAAGCUGAAGGCAGAUGUGCAGAAAAGGUUGAUUUUAACAAAAUUUGAAUGGGUUAAUGGACUGCUGAUCAAGGCUAUAGAGCAAGGGGAAUGGAUUGUCCUUGAGAAUGCAAAUCUAUGUAACCCCACGGUUCUUGAUAGGAUUAACUCUCUGGUUGAACCUUGUGGAUCAAUUAUGGUCAAUGAACGUGGAAUUGUUGAUGGAAACCCUUUGUCUAUCCAUCCACACCCUAAUUUCCGCAUGUUUCUCACAGUUAAUCCCCACUAUGGUGAAGUUUCUCGAGCAAUGCGUAAUAGGGGGGUUGAAAUAUUUAUGAUGCAGCCAUAUUGGGCAUUGGAGAAUAGAAGUGGGUAUAACUAUGAGGAUACUGAAUUUAAAGAUGUGAAGAGAUUUCUCGUAUUAUCAGGAAUCUCAGUUGGUCAAUUGGUUGAUUCAAUGGCCACAGCACACAUUUAUGCUAAAAAAGAAGGUUCAGAGCUUAAUGUGCGCAUUACGUAUCUUGAACUUUCACAUUGGGUUCAUCUUUUUCUGCAGCUUCUCAUGAAUGGUUGUCAUCCUACUUGGAGUCUACAAACAAGUUGGGAGCAUAUAUAUCUCUCCCCAUUGGGUGAUGAAGGAGAGAAAAUAAUCUAUUAUGCAAAAACUGCAUAUUUAUCACUAACCGAUUUAGCUGGAUAUGAUUCUUUGGUGGAGUCUCCUUUAGGUUUGCCUGGUGGAUGGCCAGUGCCGUUGAGACUAAUGGAUUAUAUACAUUACUCAAAAGAAGCUUCAAUCAAACAGAAUUGCAUGUAUCUGGAGUUCCUGGGAACUCAGUUUGCAUCACAUCAAUAUUUAAUUGCUCGGAAAAGGUACUCAACAGCUUGUUUGCAAACUGCUGGUGAUAAUGUGAAGGCAUAUUUGAUGGAUAUGAGGACUUUGCAUGAAAUUAUGUUUCCUAAGGCUACAAAUGUGUUGAUUUUGGACUCUGAAAGGGAAAGUGAAUUCGACUCGGAAUUGACUUAUAAGAUGCUAUCUUUUGCAGCGAACUGGACCAUGGAACAAGCAAUGGAAAGUGAUUUUAAGUUCUAUAUUCUCAGGUUAAGUUGGUUUAGUUCACAAUUGCAACCCUUCUGUCAGUUUUUUAAUAACUUUCUCAUGCUGAUAGAACAGAUGAUCAAGCAUCCUAUAUGGGAAUAUAUUUCAUGCCGUGGAAACCUAGAUGUUGAUUUGCAGUUAAUGCCACUGUUAUCACUUGAUUUAGUUUAUUUGGAUGCAUCAAAUAGAAACAUUACAAAUCUCUGUAAUGCUAUUCGGUGCUUUGAUCCGCUAAGGUUAACUUACCAGCAGUGGAAUACUGAGAGCCAAUAUAUUUUUAGUGAUGAGGCCUGUUGCUUUAUUCCACUUUUGAAGUCUCUUCAUGUAUUGGAAGACAAAUUCCUUAAUAAACUUGUUGCUUCAAGUCCUAAGCUAAUUGAGGAUCCGGCAUUUGAUCAUAAAAUAGAGUUAUACACUGACCUUAUUGAGCAUCAUGUUUUAUUUUGGCGUCAGUUCAUUUCUUCAAAGCUUGAUCAGAUGAUAAUUUCGUGGCAUUCUUUGGUGAAAGAUGUUGGAAAGUUUAUGGAUAUCUGUCCAGAGGCUGUAGAUGAGUUUCUGAUGGAGAGCAAAAAGUUGGAGGGGACGUCUUCUUCGGAAAAAUCCUUGCUGUGGAUUCAUGGUGGUCACCCAUUUUUGCCAUGCUCCUCUGACUUACAUGAUAAACAACAUCAGCUUUUACAAUUUGUUGAAACGCUUUGGCCAAGAAAGACAGCAUCCAAUAAUCAAGGAGUUUUGAGCAGCCAUCUUGUUGAUGUUGUUGCAUCAUUUGAUCCUGAUCUUCGCUUCUUCGCAAUGCAAGAUGUCAGUAUCUCAUCAUUUAUAAUAGCAAAACGGGGUCCAGAGGAUGAUGAUAUUAAUAUUGUUAAGAAGUUGGAGGAGACAUAUCAGAUGUUGUUAAGAAGGUUUGGAUAUGAGAAAAACAAGCUCCAGAUGAAAACAGGAUCUGAAGGCCUUUCAGCUUUUGAUGAAAGUUCCGCUGCUUGUUGUUUGUCUACACCUGAAAUGUUGUGCCAAAAAUCUGUUUUCGAGGCCUGGCAGGAUACGUUGCCUCCAGUUGAUAAUACCAGUUUAUUCUUGGACAUGCAGUUACUACAGGAGCUCACAUCAAUUCCUUUGGACAAUCCCGAAGGGUUACACCAUGCUGUGAAACGUCUUUCCACCUUUUUGGACUGUGCUUUGAAAUUUUCGUUGAGUUUCUCAUCAAGACCUGCACAAAUGUUUUCGCCCCAUCAAAAGAUCUUAUGGACCAUGAAUGCAUGGACUUUAGUGGAUGCAGUGAAUAUGAAAGUUGCAAGCUUUAUUCUGGAGAUGUGGUUCAACUGGCAUGAAUCUUUGUGGGUGUGUUCACCUGAAUUUGUUAAGAAUUUCUCAAAGAUUGACGAAUUUGAUGAUAUUAGUAUUGCACUACCCCACAUGCUUAUUCAGCCUAUCGGUGCAUCAACUGUGUUGCAGAUCACGCAAAGCACACAUGCCAUCAAGGAUUUUUGGGUGCAAUGUCUCAAGUGUAGAGUUACCUUGUCCAAUUUGUGGCAUUGCUCUCAUCCUGGGGAACAUCUGCCUAAUUUUCUUUUAUCUGCUGCUCGCUCUCUUUUUCAGCAGAUUAUUUAUGCACAUAGAAAAUCUUUUGAUGCGGAUCAAUUUGCUACAAUUAAAUCUAAUAUUUCUUCUUUUGAGAAGAACAUAGCCACGGCCAAGUUUCUAGCUGCAACCUUGGACCUGAUUGUUAUGGAAUGUGUAGGUGAGGGUGUACUAAUAUUAUUAGAAGGAAUAUACUUUGAUUGGGAGGAAGAUGGAGUGGUCGAGGAAAUUGGAGAAGAUUUUGUAGUGGGGGAUGCAAUACCAGCAGUGGACAUUAGUGGCAAUAGGAGAAUCAAAAUCUUGAGAAACCAUAUCUGGACCCCUCCAAUCACGAAACCAAGGCCACCAUUGGACUCAGAAGCCAUUUCCGAGUCGACCCACGUCAGCCCCGUCGCCGGAAAGUCAGCCACGCGCCUCCACGCGCCGCCACUGCAGAACUGCCUCUCUGGCGCGUGUGAGCCACGCGCCGCCCUGCCGGCCUCCGUUUGUCACGCGGCUUUCACAGAACGACUCGCCUGGCCUUCCUCUUCCUGUUCUGGGGGUUUAAAUCACGAUUGGAGCACUCUUCUUGUUGGGUCCAUUGAAAAUAUUGAGGCUGAGAAUAAGCAUUCUGAAAAAUCAUCCGGUAAUGUUUCCGGUGUCUUUCCUCUUCCCUGUUCUUCGUCUUCCGGAGACAACCCAGCUAUACAGAUUACUAACCACCGUUUAAACGGUAAGAAUUAUGAGCAAUUUCAGAAGGUGAUGUCUCAAUCUGCUGAGGGGGAGUCUAUUGGUAUAAAUGAAGACAAGUCUUGGAAUCCAAAUAAUUCUACUGUCUUACCUUUACCCUUGGAAACAUCUGUUGUUUGUUUACCUUUGGAGUCAGGGGGAGUUAAUGUACAGGAGACAAGGACAGCGAUUGUACCAGAGACUGGAGAUCCUCCCGGUAAAUGGGGAAAAUUCUACAGCAGGCGAAAAUCUCCUCAAGAUCCUCUAGACUGCCAGGAUUCUGACCCGAGUCCUAGUUCCAGCAAUCCACUUGAGAACACUGGUACAGCUGACCUAGAUGUGCCCAUUGCCCUUCGAAAAG